AUGGCUGAAGAAGACCUAGAAAUUUAGAAGACUUAAAAUAGAGCUAUAAUCGAUCAAUUAAUUAAAAAAUUUGUCAAUUCAUACGAAUCAGGGUACUGUGAGAAAGAAUAAAAUAUUUACACUUAAAAAGACCCAGAGUAUUAUUAUCUUCAGUCUUAAAAAAGGCUUGAUGAUCUUAAAUAAUAUUAUAAUCAAUAUAUCAGGGAUGAAAAAAAUCUAUUGAUUGAUAUUGAAUAUCCCAAUAUGCUUGAGGAAAAAUUCUAUGAAAUAGUCUAUAAAAAGACAAGUUUUAAACUUCAAGAUACUGAGACAAGGCUAUUUUUCAGUGAGAUGCAAAGAUAAUCUAGAGAGUUAGGAAGUGGAAAAUCAUAAAUCUAAGGUGAUAAUGAGGAUAAAAAGGCUAUUAUUGAGUAGUCUUAGCUUGGCCAUAAAAAUCGAAAAUUAAAUAAUUAAGGGUAAACUGAUGAUGAUAUAUGCUUUGUUUGCGGAGAUGGGGAUUAUGAAGAUGAUAAUUUAAUUGUAUAUUGUGAAAAAUGUAAUAUUUCAGCUCAUCAAAUGUGCUAUGGGAUAGAUAAUUUAGAUGAUGACGUAGAGUGGAUUUGUAAUAACUGUGAAGCAUUUGGAGAGAUCAAAGGAUUAAUCAUAGCUUGCUAACUGUGUGGCUUGAAAGGUGGAGCAAUGAGGCCUUGUAAUGUCAGAAGAUAAGAUCUGAUUAGAUACUUUCAACAGAAUUAAGAAAUUGUAAUAACAAAUCCAAAAGGUCUGAGCCAAUAAAUGCGAGGCAUAGAUCAAGUAAUUACGAGAAAGCAAAUUAUUCAAAAAGAAAAGCUUACAUUAGAACUAAAGCACCAAAUUCAAGACUCUUCCUCAUAAGGCAAUGAUAAAAACUCAUAAUUGGAUAAUUAGGUAAAGGAUGAGGAAAACUAUAAACUAAAGUUAACCAAAUCUCAAGAAUUUGAUGAGUUUGCUUCUUAAUAUGUUUGGGUCCAUUAAAAUUGCGGACUGUGGUAAUCAUAUAAAAAUCCUAUAAUUGAAUCAAAUAUGUUAUUUGACGCAAGAGAAUUUGAUUUUAACUACUACUUUAUAUCUUGCUUUAUUUGCGAUGAUAAAAAUACUAAAGAAAGGAUAUUUACCUCUAAAUACAAAUGUGCUGAUACUUAAUGCUAGGUAGUUUUCCAUAUUGAGUGCGCUUGA